GGGCCGCUCCCCGCCCCGCCGCUUUACGGCCCCGGCUUUGCGGCCGCUCCUGCUGCCGUAGGGCGCGCCGGGGCGGCCAUGGCCAGUACAGUGGUGGCAGUUGGCCUGACCAUCGCGGCGGCUGGAUUUGCAGGUCGCUAUGCAGUAAAAGCUCUGAAGCAAAUGGAGCCACAAGUAAAACAAGCACUUCAGAAUCUACCAAAACCUGGCUUCAAUGGUUACUACAGAGGUGGAUUUGAACCCAAAAUGACAAAACGAGAAGCAGCUUUAAUACUAGGAGUGAGCCCUACAGCCAACCGAAGUAAAAUCAGAGAAGCACACAGACGGAUCAUGCUUCUGAAUCAUCCAGAUAAAGGUGGUUCUCCUUAUGUAGCAGCCAAAAUCAAUGAAGCUAAAGAUUUACUGGAAGACCAAGCUAAAAAAUGAACGAGACAGAAAAUCAGAGGGUUUGUCUGUGCAAAUGAUUAUUUUUGAUAAAUGGCUUAAGAGAAGUUAUAAUGUCAGUCUUCAACUUAAUGUAAAUGAAGCUGGGAAUAGGAAUCCAGGGAGGUACUUCCCUCCCCUCUCACUUCUUAGUCACUUUUUUGAGAAGUGUGUGAGGGAGCAAGGCUUGAAGUUUUUUUCAUAGCUGUUCAUUAUUAAGCUGCAAAACCUGCCACUCGGAAAUGUUUUCAGUGUAAAACAGUAAUAAUGUGGUUUUGCCAAUGCACGUUACCAGAUACAGCAGACUUACAUGCUGUUACCCACUUUUUGUUAAGCUAGCUAUGUUUGAAGUUCAUACUGCCAAAGUCAGCAUGAUGAACCAGUCUGGGGAGGGAGUGGAAGAAAUCCAGAGGAUUUAUUUGAUGGGAAGAAUUGGAACAGAUGUGUGGUUGUUUCUGGCUGAAGAAAUAAAGUAUAGGAAACAAUGUA